AUGAGUUUUGGUGACUUAAAGAUUAGCGAAAAACUGGUUCCAAAAAACUACAUGAGCCUGGGCGUAGCCGCUCAGCGCUCCAAACAGCGUGCCUUUAAGGAGCUUUUAGAAGAGCGCAAAUGGCCCGAGCAUGGCUGGCCAGAUGAACAUAUCGAGGAGCUGGUGCAUCAAGUGGCUGGUCUAGACAGCAACAAUUUCGGUCACAACGUUGGAAUGGGAGAGCGAGAGGCGCGCAUUGCCUGUAAACUCGUUGCAAGGCGGCAUUACAAUUUUGGUCAUGGUAUUGGACGUUCCGGCGACCUGCUGGAGGCGCAGCCAAAGGCAGCCGGCUCCACAUUGCUGGCAAAUUUGACAAACUCUUUGCUACAGCAGCUUAUUCAGAUGCUGGGCAUACGCAGCUGUCGGUGCUGCUUUCUUGUCCCGGUAGCUACAGGUAUGACGCUAACCCUGUGCUUUCAGUCUCUGCGCAAGAGCCGCCCUCUGGCUAAAUAUGUGCUCUGGUCUCGCAUAGACCAGAAGUCGUGCUUCAAGGCUAUAACUGCCGCCGGCUUGCAACCCAUCAUCAUAGCUGGUACACUGCUGCCUGAGGAGAAGGCGUUGAUCACAAAUGUUGCUGCGUUUGAGCAGCAAUUGGCGCAGCUCGAUCCCGCCCAGAUUCUAUGCCUCUAUACGACAACAAGCUGUUUCGCUCCACGCAACAGCGACGAUAUUGUGGCCAUUGCUAAGCUUGCAGCCAAUGCCGGAGUGCCGCAUGUGAUAAACAAUGCCUACGGGCUGCAGUGCAGCAAACUAACGCAUCAGCUGGAGCAAGCCCAGCGGGUAGGACGUGUAGAUUACUUUGUGCAGAGCACCGAUAAGAAUCUAAUGGUACCUGUUGGUGGCGCCAUUGUAGCCUCAUUUGAUGAACAAUCGCUUCAGCAGGUGGCUAGCACCUAUGCGGGUCGCGCCUCCUCCUCCCAAACACUCGAUGUCUUCAUGACGCUCCUUUCACUUGGCCGUGAUGGCUACUUGAGACUAGUGAGUGAACGAAAACAAAAUUUCCUUUAUUUGCGGGAGAGACUUCAGGAAUUUGCGGCAACACAUGGAGAGCGUGUUCCCGACACCAAAAUGAACGGCAUAUCUCUGGCAUUGACACUGGAAACGUUGUCUGCUAUAGGCAUUACAUCGCUAGGUGCCAUGUUACACACACGUGGUGUCUCGGGCGUGCGUGUUGUGCCGAUGGGUGUGAAUAAGUCUAUUGAUGGCUAUGAGUUUGCCAAUUUUGGCGCCCAUCACGAGGACUACAAACAGCCAUAUCUGACUGUGGCUGCCGCCUUGGGUGUAACGCGUCCUGAAAUUGAUAAAUUUUUUACGGUACUAGAUAGGUGCUGGACAGAGUACAAGAAAAUGAAAGCCACAUCACUAGAUUUAAGUUCUACAAAGUGAUUAUAUCCCUACAAAAAUAAAAGGGAGAAAAUUAGCUAGAAAGAGUCUGCGGGCCAGACUCCAAAAAACCUAGUAUCUAUUUAAACAAAUUUCAUAUUUGUAUAACUUUAAUUAAUACCAUUAAUUUAUAAUUGGGAAAACAAAGGCACUAAUGGGACAUAAUUAUUAGUAACAGUUGCUGAGUUGGGUCCAUCAGUGUUGAACUGCCACACAAAAGCGACAAUAACUGUAGCCAGGACCUCGAUCGCACUGCUAGUUGCUCCCGCAAGAUGCCCGCUGUGUCAAGUGUAGCGAAGAGAAUAGCACCAAUUUGGCCACCAAGACAUCAGAUGACCUGGCUAAAUGCCUGGCCGUAUAAUGCUUACCUCAUUCUCGCAGUCACGCUAACUCGACCUCAGAUUUCGCUCAAAACCAACUAUGUAUAUAUUUUCAACUUCCCGUGAUACUAAUUUCCCUCUCACUAAACCAAAUCGUAUUUUCGGUAAUCUACAUUCUUGGACAUUUAAUAA